CACAGUGUCUCUCUCGUGGGACGGGCGGGCGCCCUUGGGAGCUCAUCGAGAGAAGAAUCAUCUUCUUCACCUAUUCACCAAGUUUCAAAUUGAGAUUCUAAUUUUCAGCGUCUGAAAAUUCUGAAACUUCUGAAUUAGCUUUUACAGAGAAAUGGACGCCGCUGAAAUUGAAGUGGCGUUCAACAACUCUGAUAUUGUAUUUUCCCUAUUUUCACCUUUUUCACCAACUAGAGCUACAUUGAAAGCUCGUACAAGUGGGGUUCUGCUCGUCGCCGGUGUAGGAUCAUUCUUCGCUUAUCGAGUUGCAUCGAAUCUUCUAGGAAAUCGAUUUGUAUGGGAAUGUAUGGAUGCGCGGCGAGUAGAUCAACUACCAACUGCAGAUCGUCGACUUCUCUAUUCAUUUGCCGCCGCGGAAGAGGAAGAUGCGGAAGAUGACGAAGACGCCGAGGUUGAUGCAGAACACGGUGGAAUACGGAGACGACGAACAGACAGUGAAGGAUCAAGAAUAUCUGUUGGACAGGCUUCCCUCGGACGAUUAAAUCGAAUACGAAAGUCCACGAGGACCCCACGUGGAUUACUUGGAAGUCUUCAGGAAACGCCACGAAGACGGGCUGGAAUUGUUAGUCGACAGUCUUCUAGACAUUCGGUGGCUUCUGGUCACUCGUUAGCUUCAAUUCCAUUUUCCUCGAACUCCUCUGUCAAAUCAGCAUCAUUUCGAAUAGUUUGGGAAGGAUCUCAACCAUCUUGGGAUGAUUUUGACACUCCAAGCACUUCUGCAGGAGUUCAGAGAGGAACUCCCGGAGCUCCACAACCAAGUGUGCUCAGUCGAUUGGGACACGUGGCUUCCACUUCGAGUUUGCGACGAUUCGAAGAUGGGCAAUCUGUUGGUGAUUUAUGCAGUGUAUUCAAUGAUGUGAUGAGUGUCAGGUCACUGGCAGAAGGAAGUGACGAUCCGUUGUUGGAUGAUGAAUUUAGAUAUGACGAAGAAGAUUCUGAUGGGAUAUGGAAGAAAUGUACCGACGACGCUAAAUAUAUGUAUCAAAGUAUUGCGAUUGAAGCCAGUGAAGCAGGCUCUGAAGGUGGUGGAUCGCCGAUUAAACGACAGUUACUUGAACUCGGAAUCGACAAUGACGACGAUCGAACCGAAACCCUCUUAUCACCUCCAGAUUCCGAAGGGGCCAUGUCACGAAGUCAGCAUUCAAAAGGACAACGUUCUUCUAUGUAUGAUUCUGCAAUUGGGGCUGAAAUUUCGAGCAGUGAAGAGGGAUCGACGUGUCCUAAAAGAUUAUACGUUCUCCAGGAAUCCGAUAACAUGUCAAUUGUAGCUCCGUCGUGUGCUUCACUGGAAUGGUGUGAUGAUAUUGAUCGUAACGGACCGAGUCGUAUUGGAUUCGAUGAAGAAGGAUCAUCACCACAAAGACUUCGACGAGCAAACCUUGAUUGGGAUCUUGAAUCAGAAGUUGCCGUUCAACGAGCCCUGUCAAUUGCUUCUUCAUCUGUAACGCGGGAAAUUGAGCCAAAGUUUGCUCCGAAAAUGUCGAGAGAUUUGAUGGUGAUGGCUUGUGAAAUUUUUCAGCCAUAUUCACCACCAUUUAGGGACCUCCAAACCAUCUAUCAUAAGCGUCGUCUGAAACGAGUCGCCGUUCCGAGUGUCACCGAAUCAAAUGAAUCAUGUGUUUCUCUAUUCAUGCGAUCGGCUCUUUAUCACAAAUGUUCACUUCUUCGCGACGCCACGUGGUCGAUUAUUGAAAAGCGAUUCGACAAUGCAGUCCAAGAAUGCGAUUUUAUGAAUAAAUGGCCAGGCUACAGUCCGUCUUCAAUGCGAAAAGAUCUGAAAAAGUUGCAUGAUUUGGCAUCAACUGAUUCGUUAUCCGGACUUGAAGAAGAUCACCAUAAAGCCUACCAAGUGUUGAUGGUUCUCGAAGCGAAGAGAGCGUAUGACGAACGACUUGCUGGACUUUUCUGUGAAGAUUGGUUCAAUGUGGACAGUCCUGCAGACAUUUUCAAGAUUCUCGUUGACCGAGGAGAUGACGAUUUACCUCCAAAGAUUCUCUGGAACAUUCUCUGCCGAAUCAGUGGCGUCUCCAUCGAAAUCAUUGAUGCCCGUGGACUAUCCGAACAUCCAAAAAUCAAUCGUUUUUCUGCAUCAGCAUCACCUAUAUCUGCGCCUUGUCUAACAUGGCUACGCCUUGGAAAACGUCCGGUUCCCCUGUUCUACAUACCGGACGAUGAAUAAUAACUAGGACCCUCUUUUUGUUAUUCGUAACUUGUAAAACGGGCUUAUAAUUUUCACCUUCUUUUGUCAUCUUGAAAAUACUCAAUUUUUCUGUAUUUAUAUCGGGUAAUCAAAACUCUAAUUCAAUAAUUUCCUCAACAAAAUUUUUUAUGUGUUUCCCUUCACCUGUUCGAUCCUGCAACCCCAUCCCAGUGUAGGAGGCUCUUUUCAACUCGAGGAGCUCUAAGAAAUAUCGAGUUUUGUUCAAUUUUUCUCCCAAACUUUCCAAAUUUUUCAUGUUCCCGGUGCCAAUUCACCCCCACUUUCCGUAGGUUUUCCCUCCAUUCUCGCUGGUUCAAAAGUUUCUGUAUUUUUUGUAGAAUUUUAGGUCUCGUAGCGCUUUUUUUCUGAAUUCAUAGGCAAUUCAUGUUAUCAUUAUUUUUUCUCACAUUUUAUGACUGCUUUCUUGACAAUUUGUUAAUGAUUUCUUGAAAGAUUUUUAUCAAGUUUAUCAAUUUUUUUGAUGAAUGAUUAGAAAUUUUAAAUU